AUGAGGACAAUGAAUAUCACCCCGGAGAUCCUUGAACGCUGGCUAAAAGUCUACAACCUGACUCGCAAAGAGUUUAUAUACACCUUUAAUCUGCUGCCCUUGGUAUAUGUUCCCCAGCUGCCCAACAGCCUGAAGGUACUUUUCACUGUACUGUAUGUGAUUAUAUUUGUUCUGGCCUUGGUUGGUAACUUCUCGGUCCUUUACCUGGUCUGCAGAAGGAAGGUGAUGAGAACAGUCACCGGCUACUUUAUAUUGUCGCUCGCUGUUAGUGACCUCCUUAUUUCCAUCUUCUGUAUUCCGAUCACCCUUUUACAACACUUCUCCACCAACUGGAUGGCUGGAGCUUUCCUGUGUAAGAUGGUGCCAUGUAUCCAGAUUACAGCAGUUUCCACGGGUAUCCUCACCAUGAUGUGCGUCGCUAUUGAACGCUUCCAAGGCAUUUUGUACCCCUUACGACUUCGAAGUGACUACACUAUAGGAAGAGCUGUGAAAAUGUUAGUUUCUGUGUGGCUGUCAUCAGUGGCUAUCGCUUCCCCAAUGUGGUAUGCACAGAGGCUUGAGGUUAAAUAUGAUUUCUUGUAUGAUCGACAUUACACAAGCUGCCAGGAAGACUGGCCACACCCAGGGUACCGCCAAACCUACACAACAGUCCUCCUGGUGCUAGUGUUCCUCAUUCCUCUUCUCACUAUGUCAGUGCUAUAUGGUAAAGUGGCCCAUGAGCUCUGGGUGAAGCACCGGGUACAUGACAUUGUACUUCAGGCCCUGCCGGGAUCAGAAAACAGCAUUACAAGGAAGAAGAAAAGAGCCGUGAAGAUGAUGGUUGCUGUGGUGCUGCUGUUCGUUCUUUGCUGGGGACCUUUCCACAUCGUCACUAUACUUGCUGACUAUGGUGGGCUCCAGUUGCCUGAAGAAAAUGAAAGCAUCAUCUUUGCAACAGUGCAGCUUUUAGGCUUCAGUAAUUCUAUCUGCAAUCCUAUCAUAUAUGUGGCACUGAAUGAAAACUAUAAGAAAGGUUUGCACACCACUCUGUAUUGGAGGGGACACAGAAGUCGAAGAAAGGUUGGAAUAUCUGCUGUUGAGACACGAAAUAUGGGACAAGGAACGGACCAGAGCCUGCUAGCUGCAAGACAGUCCUCCAAUGCAGAACCAUUCUUGGCUUGGGACUCCGACCCUAUACAGAGCCGGGUGUUUCCACCUGUCAAUCUCUUUCGAACAGCUCCAAAACAGAACAUUCCUCUUCUGCUAACAGUGACUGACCCUGUUGUGUCCCAAGCACUAGAAUGAAAUGUGAUCAGAUUCCCUUUUUUUCUUAUACAUGUGGUGAU